AUGAGUUUCCCACGGUUGGUUGACGCAGCCCCCGUCAUUUGGCGAAGACCGAGAAAGUCACACCGCAAGCUGUACCUUCUCCGCACUACCUCGAAGCUCGACGUCGACAUGUACCGCGCAGGAGCCAGAGCGCUGGCGGUCCGGUGUCGCGCACCGGCGCGGACAAGGCUGAGGGCACGGCUGCUUGCCACCGCCGCUCAGGUCCAGCCGACGGCCGUGGGCGACAUUCCGCCUCCCGCCUCCGAUUACCGUCCGGCUGCUUCCUCGGUCGACUCUUCUGGUCAAAUGACCCGAGUCCUCAACGACAUUGCGUCGAUUCUGGAGAACGAUAUUGGUGGCUCUGGAAUCUGGUACGACCGCGUCCUCAACGCCAAGAAUGACUUGACGCGACCUCGCCGGGCAAAGCUUGCUUUUGUUGGUGACAAGAUCAGCGCGUCCCACGAUGUCGUCUCGGCACUUUUGCAAGAUGUCCUCUCCGACUCGGCCGCUCAGCGCGACUCCGUCCUUAAUCGCUACUUCGGCACCGCGACCGACUACCUGCACAUCACAUACGGACCCCACUCUCGGACACCAGGUCGCCUGUCUACGCAGGCGUCGUGGCUGAGCUCAUCCAAGAGUGACAUUGUUGAAGUCACCUCUGACAAGCUUGCCGCCAGUGCCGUUCUGGACGCUGACUCGGUCGUCGCUGUCAUGGACCCGAUCCGACUUCUUGAUGCUCCGAUUUACCGCGCGAACGACAACGAGGUCAUCAAGCUCAUCGCUGCUGGCCCAGCUCACUAUGUCAUCAACGGAAUGGUUCCCCCUCAUAUGACUGAGGAAGAGGUUCAGGCUCGACUUGAGGAGCAGCUUGCGAAGUUCCACCCUCGGGCCGGCGAGUACGACAUCACGUUUGUCAACGCGGACGCGGCUCUAAACGCGCAUGAGGCGCUCGCUUUGGCCCUCGAGGAUAGCCCUCAUCCGGAGAUCCCCGGACGACAGACCCCCUUCAAUAUUUUCCAGGAGGGCAUGAUGCUGUCCAACAUCAAUACUCUGCAGAAGGAGCUCAGUGCCACUGUUCCUGUCGACCCCCAGCUCGAGACCGCGGCGCGCAUCGCGUCUGAGGCACUGGCAUACACCGGAGAAGUUCUCGCUAGCGACCGCCACGUUCUGCAGCACGCCCAGGACACGGUUGCGGAGCUGAGGAGGGAAGCAAGGAAUGGAGCAGCGCGCGCCAAGCGCCUUAGUGUCGUCGCCCGUGGCAUCGACAGCGGCGUUGUGGAGGGAUCCGUCGACCAGAGCGUUGCGACGACCAAGCAGGGGUUGAAGCAGCUCUUCGACGGACGGCUUUCGUGGCUCGGACUGAUCGCGCGCCUGCGCGUGGACGAUGUCGGUGCUGAGGUCGGAUCGUACAUCUCGCGACACUUUGGUCGCGACAUUGAGCAGCAGUUGACCUACGAAGCUGGCCAACUGGCGCAGCUGCAGGCCAGCUUGGGUGAUGCGGCCGACAGCACGGCGCGGCAGUUGACGAAGGCCGGUGGCGAGGCGGCUGGACACCCUUUCAGCUCUCCUCUCCUCAUCAACCACCUCAGCAGCCUGUCGCUGUCUAUUCCGAGAGUCUCCCCUAGCACUCUGCUUCAACCCGUAACGUCUCGGAGGUCUCAGAUGCUUGGCACGUUGGUGCCGAAACUCCAGAUCUCCGCUCAGCGCACCCUCCUUUCCACAUAUGCUCUCUCGCUUGCCGGAGUGUCGGCCAGUUGGUGCGCGUACGUUCAGCCUCUGGAGCUCAUCUCCUCCUCGACAGCUAUCGGCACCGGCCUUCUCUCUCUGGUGUCGGGUGUCGCUCUCGGCCAGCAGAUCUGGGCCAAGGCCCAGAAGCGGUGGUGGAAGGACUGGGACCGCGUCACCAACAUGCUGAAGGACGACCUUGCCUCAAACUAUGACCGGACAGUGGACAACCUCGUUGUCGCCAAGCCGGACAUUGCCGCUGAUGGGCUCACGGAGCUCAUCGACAAGAGGAGGGAGAGGCUCGACGAGCUGGCGCUCGAGACCCACUCCCUGGGUGAGCGUGUGGAGCAGCAGGCUCCCCAGGUCCCUAAGCGCUAA